AUGGCUUGUGACAAAAUGACUCAUUUCCUCUUUGUAAAUUUGCUGCUUGCAGCUGUGCUAUGGACUACAGGUAAGAAGCCGGGCAGGAGCCAGAAGGGGCGAGAAAAUAAACUAGAGAAUUCGGGGAAUGAAAAGGCAUAAUGAGGUGUCUAUUAUUCCGUAAUUGCAUCUCGAAAAGUUGCCCUAUUCCAUCUGUUAUUCUGCCCACAAAAAGGGCAUUAUUUCAUUAUUCCAACUCGACAAUUUCCUUUAUUCCAUAAUUCAAACGCGAACAUUUCCAUUAUUCCUAUUGCAUGAAAAUAAAUUUUCGAGUUCAAGAAUGACGUAGUAAACAAAGAUCAAAACAUGCUUUCUCAUAAAUGAAAUACUUACGUUAAAAGAUAUAGGUUACAGAUUCGAAAAUAGAACAACGUAUUGGAGCGUUUUCAAGAUGAAAGUUAAGAAACUUUUUGAUCUUGCAAGAUUUGUGCGUGAUAUGCAAUGAUUUUGCCUUUUCGCGUCAUUGACUGGUUUGAUUAACUUAAUGAUGAGGUUUAUGGUUCUGAACAUUUUUUGGGGUGUUUUAAUGAACACGCACCAAUUAACCAAACAAUGGUUCGUGGCAAUCAGGUGCCUGACAUGACGGAACAGUGUCAACGGACAGGAAAGCAUGAAGUAGUUUGAAAAAUCUCGCCCACGGAAACGAUCGAUCUGCGACCGUUGUCAUGUUGAUAUCGGUUGCUCACGAGUUCGGGGCGGAAGUGCGUCUACGUCUCAGUGAACGAGUGAUAGAUUUGCAUGUCGAAGUGUCCGCAAUACUAGCCUUCUAAGCUACGCGUAUCCACAAGUAAAAAACAUAUGAGGAUCUAAGUCUGUGUAGCUUGAACAAUACAAAACCGUUUUUCACAUACGUUUUCUGACGAAGGUCAUGGAAGAGGCACCUCGGUGUUGUUGAAAAUAAUUGUUUGGUUAAAUUUUAUUCUUGGCUUGAAUUUUAUUUCCCUUUGUUUCAAACUAAUUAUCAAGCAUCAACAAACCAAAAACAGGAAACUAAGUUUGAAACCUACCAGGACAAAAUUUAACUACAAGAAAAAUUACACCAACCCAACCAAAAAAUGUUCCUGGAACAAGAAGGAUUCAUGAGAAGUAGAACGCAUGCACGUGAAUGUCGUCGAGCUCAAAAUCACAGGAUACCCAUACAACACACCAAACACAGGGACCCUGUCCAAUGCGCUCACAACAGGUUUCUUCAUUGCUAAAUUUCCAGUAUUUGUUUCUUCUCUAAUUGGACUCCGCCUGUGCUUUACUGAAUUUCUUUUCAGAGAAUCGCCAAUUUUAUCUCUUUUCCUUGAGUUUUUUUUUUAGCGGGGUUUGAAUGGUCAACUGCUCAGCGUUCCACUCCACACAUGCCAGUAUUGGCCCAGUGAUGUGAACACUCCAUAGCACGGUCGUAGCAGAGAGAGGCGUCAAAUUGGUUUGCAACGGAAGUACUGUAGAGCCACUCGAUACCACCUUAAAGUAGACGUUUAACACCCACAAGAUGAAACAUAACGGAUACAGGAAUAUCAAAAUAGUCUGGCGUCCAGAAAGACAGGCAUUUUAUUCUCUAAUUUCGCGCCAUACUGAAUACAUUGACGCUUAUCAUUCUGGUUUUUGAUUGCUGAAUUCCUCUCCACAGAUGCCAGUACCUUCCCAGUAAUGUAUUCACUCAGUAGUACAGUCACCGCGGUGAGAGGCUCCGACGUUAAAUUGGUUUGCAAAGGAAGUAAUGUACAACCACUCGAUACCGAUUUUAUGUGGAAGUUUAACACCGAGACAGUAGAGAAUAAAAAAAACAGGAAUACCAAAGUAACCUGGCUUCCAGGAAAACGUGCAAAGUAUUCUCUAGAUAUCUUAAAUGUAUCAGAGAAAGAUGUCGGUGACUAUCGUUGCAUUGCCCAAGUUCAUAACUUAGGCAAAACCGACAAAGCCGAAGCUUCAAUAAAGCUGCGUUUAUAUGAAAGCAGUAAGUAUAACUUUUUUACCUUCGCUAGAUUUAUAAGUAAGAGCAAAUUUUGUGUAAAUGUAAAGUGUAUUAGGUCUUUGUUUUUGGUAGAAAAGCAACCUCUUGAGACCAGACUAUGUUUAAAGUGGACGUUUGCAAGAGUUUGAAGACAGUUUUUUAAAAUAAACGUUAUCCAAAGAGAGGCCGAUGAAUGUUCACUUAAGACUUAAACGGGAUCAGAAACAAAACGGCGCAUUAAAGUAUCUGAUACCCAGGUGGGCCCAGUUGUUCAAAGGCCGAUUAGCACCUUAACCCAGGCUUAAAUUUGACCCGAGUUUCUUUUUCUUUGUGGUUCAAAAGCAUUUUUUCGGAUAAUUUUCUCUGUUAUUUUUAAGAGCAUCCAAUCAUCAACUUGUUGAUAAAAAGAAUUAAGCUAAAGUUACUUUUUAAGCUUUCAUAUCUGACUUCAAAUUUUGCACUAACCCUGGGUUAUCGUAAUCCAGCUUUGAACAACCCGGCCCAAGAUAAUAACGUGCAAAAUUCUCUUCGUUUAUUCAAUGAAGUUAUUAGAGAGCUCUACCCCUUCCCUAAGAUAACAUUGACACUUCCUUCUCACGAAGGGCCAAAUGAUGGCUUAGGGGAGGGGUAGGUGGGCAGUUUCUCAGAAACCUAAAUUCUUCCUACUUUCUUACAGUACUGAACCUCAAAGCAUCGCCACCAAAUGUCAUCAUUGAAGAAGGGCGCACUGCGCCCCUGCAAUGUGAAGUCAUGUGCUCCGAAGCAAUGGACGUAUGGACGUUCUGGCUUUUCAACGGCAAAAUGAUUGAAGCUAGACCAUUUCAUACAGGAAACGAGUAUGAUUUAAGUAACACAGUCACAAACAUCUCAACGUUGGUACUAAAGAAUGCCAUGCUAUCACAGACUGGCGUAUACACGUGCGGUGCUAAUUCCACUGGCCUUAUAAAAACACAGAAUAUAACCGUGACAGUGACAGACUUGGAAGGUCCAACUCUAGUGCAAACCAAAUCGAAUAUAGACGCUGUUGACGGCGAAAAUAUAACGCUAAGUUGCAAUGCAGUGUACCCGGAAGCGUUUUUUGUCGACACGUUUUGGAUUUUUAACGGCAGCCGGAUAAACAGUAACGACAAGUAUAAAGAAAAAAACACUUCCCCUUGGUUGGAACAAUCAGAACAGAGCGUAAAGAGAAUGAAGAUUGGAUUGACUAUUUAUAACGUUGGACUGAACGACAGCGGCGAGUAUAUAUGUGCUCUUAACACCUCACUUAGUUUACAGCUGAAAAACGUCAGUGUUAAGGUCAGGAGGAGACUAGGUAAGAACCGAUCGGAGGUCCAAACGCAGUCAAACUCUUUUGCUCAAACGUUGUGCUUUUGCGUAAGUUUCACUUGACAGAUGGUCAAAACACGCGUUAUCAGUUUACUCGGGGAAGAAGGUCGAAACGAGCGUGAUCAAAUUGCGUUUUGUUCAUUCAAUUCAUUCUUACUGCUCUCUCCUCCGCAGAGCCCUCUUUGCAUCGCAGGGAGGGCUGGAGAGAGGGAAAAAGAAAGCGCGCGGGGACGUCCCCCGCGCUUUCUGUUUUUCGAUUUUAUUGGGAUGCCCAGUGGGAGGCUAUGCGGAGGAGAGAGUUCUUAGCGGAAGUCUAAACGAAUGCUGGCCACAUACAUGCGACGCAUGCGUAUUAAAAAACAACCUGGAGAUUAGGAUUGGGGGUUCCUAUCGUCGCCCGGAAUUAUUUUUUGGGCUAUUUAUAGAUUCAACUUUUGCAACAAAAAACUCUUAGCCAAUCCAAGAAGUCCAACUUUUUUAGUAAGGGGAAUAAGACAGGCUAAGUAUCCAGUGAAAAAGUUUAACGAGUUAAGGUACCUUAAGACCGAAGAAGAAGGAGAGUCUGUUUUAAAGCAUCGUCUGUCAUUUUGGAUUGUGAAGACCUUUGUCGCGUGAACAGGAACUAAUUUUGAAAGAAUGAAAGAUGGCAAAUUUUAAGCUUGGUGAACAAAUGUGAAGAUGACAUAAUCGGCAUGUAACGAGCCUGGGACAAAGAAGAAAAUCUGAGUCCCAGACAGGACUCGACCCUAUGACCUCCCAAACACCGGGCGGGCGCUCUAUCCACUGAGCUACGGAGAACUCAUGGAGAGAGAGGCCAUAUACUGGGUUCAAAAAAGAGGAAACGAAUUGAAGACUAACUCGCUGUGAAACUAAUGGUACACGAUCGACGCUUCGAUCCUGGGUGAUGGGCUCUUGAUCCCUUUAAAAAAGAUACAUUUUUUUUACUAAUAACCUUUUUGGAAACGAAACAGCGCUAAAUUUUCUUAGGCCAGUUGAAGGGUACAGCAGCAGUUAAACUGCAUACUCUGUUUAAAGCCAUACUGUAGCUAGACUGAUUUGUGUGGGAAAAAGGCAUGGUACAGUCGACUCCCCAUAACUCAAACCUUCAAGAGAAAUCGAAAAAAGUUCGAGUUAUCGGGAGUUCGAGUUAUUGGGAGCUCGAAGAAAAUAGCCGGGAGUAAGGAAAAAAAAAGAUUUUCACUGCACAGUGAACAUUUUAAUGUUAAGUGAAAAUUUCAAGAUACUUCUAAAUCAGAACCUGAACGUAACGUAACAAAACAUUGCCUAAACAGAGCAUGCGUUUUACUGUUUUGAGAAGAAAAGCUGUUUCAGGUUAGAUUUGUGACAAACAACAUCAGCCUCCACUAGUAAACUAUAUGCCUACAACAAGUCAAUGGGAAAUUAAAAAUUCAAUGUUUCGGUCGCCCGACUUUUUAAGAGUUCAAAACAUGGUUCGAGUUAUCGAGGGUAAAAUUAUAUAGAAAUCGGAUUUGAGGGGAAACAAAAAUUACUUCGAGUUAGCAGGAGGCUCCAUUUUGCGAGGGUUCGAGUUGUCGGGAGUCAACUGUACUUAAAAAGUCCUAAUUAAUUUUCUACUUGCAUGAAUAUUGACGUUUUAGGAACCGAAAUUCCUCCGGAUUUGAGUUCGUCUACUGAAGGGGACAAUGGGAAUGGAGAUGUGCUUCAAACCAGUCUGUGUAUUGGUCUGGGUGUCUUUGUGGGAUUAUUGAUGAUCAUAAUGAUUUCUUUGACGCUAUGGAGAAGGUCAAGACCUAGACCUCCACAAUCAAGUAAGCAAAUAUAA